GAUCGAUCACAAAAUUAGGUGCGCUAUCGGUCGUCACGUCAGUUGGGAAAACGGAAAAUGGCUACGGAGGAACUCUAAUCAAGGAAUAAAACGAUCUCAAGGAUGUAUUUUCCAGUAGGGUGGCCAAAAUAUCUUCAAUUACCAAACGAAGACGAUGAUCCAGUACAGUGUAUUAUUGCUAACCGGGAAAGGACACUAUUUGCUGUUGUAACCUUGCAGGCGGUGCAUCUUUGGCAGUGCAAGCCUUGUGUACUGAUUGUGAGCUAUCGUCGCUCUGAUGACUCAGUGGUGGUCCUGGGAACAAACUGUGAGGCAGAAUGGAAACCAGACUCAAGUGUCAUCGCUGUGGCUACGUCUGGUGGCCACCUGUUAUUAUUAAAGAUUGUAUCGGAGAGCAACCAAAGACUGUAUGGAACAAAACAAUCAGGUUCUUAUCAUUACAAGCGGGAUGUGACGGAAGCAGACACAAUUGCUGUACCAAGGCUUAAAAUCACCUUUGGUGCUACAUUCCAGGUGACUGGAGGUGUUGCAUGCCUUUGCUGUCUGAAGGAUGAGAUGCUAGUAGCUACAGGCCAAGGGUUAUUGCGACGGAUCACAUGGGAAGGUAUAGGGAGGAGUCAUCUGGAUGUCUCCAUCAGGACUGUCCCAUUCUCGCUUGACCUUCAGCAAUCCAGAGAAUCGUUACUUGAUGAUCCCAGUAUACAUUUCAAGCAGCUGGAAUAUAGUGUGUUACUUGGAGGGUUUGCUGUAGUGUUGUCAGAUGGAAGGGCUGCUUUUCUCACCUCAGAAAGUGCAAAGUUCUCUCCAAAGGGUGUACAUGCAGUGUGGGCACCAGAUGUAUCCAAUGCUACAUGUGUUGCUGUCAAUCACAAAUUCAGGCUAAUUGUUUUUGGAUUAGCAAAUGGUCAGGGAAUAGUGUUUGCUGUAGAUGAAAUCACAGGGGCAUUGCUUGUUUCUCACAGACUGACACUUUCAACCAGUGAUUUUCCAGAGGGAUGCCAGGCAGCUGGGGCUGUGACGUCGUUACGCUGGACACCAGAGGGCAGUGCAUUGAUCCUAUCGUGGCUGAAGGGCGGCUUCUCCCUAUGGAGCACCUUUGGAGCUUUACUUAUGUGUACCUUGGGAGGUGAUUUUUGUCCUGAUCCUUCCAGAUCAAAGAUACUGAGGAUACAGUCAAUGGAAUGGGGACCAGAAGGCUACAAUCUUUGGGCCACCAAGAAAUCAUUAGGUGAUACACAGUCACAUGACGAGUCACCUGAUACCAAAGGAAACCUCAUCCAACUCUCCUUUGUGAAGAGUGCUCUUGCAAUGAACCCAUGCAUGGCUAAUUGUGAGCAUCUUCUACUUCAAGGUGAAAGGCAUAUCUAUCUUAGCUGUGAGGGGACAGUGGUGAAGGCCAGGAGUCAACCAGACCUCACUGCUGACUUGCCUCACCCACCUAAUGUCAACGGUACAGCCACAGGGAACGCAGCAUGCAGUAGUAACAUCCUUUCUGGUAACAAACAAUGGCAUUGUAUUCAGAUACCUCAGAAUUACCUUGACGGCAAUUGGCCUAUUAGGCAUGCCAGUGUCGACAGAACAGGUCACUACAUCGCAGUAGCGGGUCGGUAUGGUCUAGCGCACUGCUCUCCGUCCGGCAAGAGGUGGAAGAUCUUUGGUAACAUUACCCAGGAGCGAGACAUGUCUGUGACAGGUGGGUUGUGCUGGUGGAAAGACUUCAUCAUCGCUGCCUGCUUCAACCAUUAUGAGAGUAGAGAGGAGAUCCGGGUAUAUCCGCGUGCAAGCAAUCUUGACAAUGCCUUUGCCUUCAUCGUCAAGGUUCCCUUUCAAGUACUGCUAAUGAAUGUCUUCAAAGACCUUCUCAUAGUCUUCUGUGCUGACUAUCAUAUAUCACUCUUUAGCUGCGAGAGGAAAGACGGUCCGCCAAGUCCUACAGCAACUCUUACCAGGAUACAGGAUCUUUCGCUUGCAAACUUUGUUCCUCAUCCGUCCUCUCUCAUCUCACUCACCCUUACAUCACUCAGGUCUGAAUCAGUGUCUCCCAAGUCAUUCAAUCAGAGCAGCGAGGCCGAAAGUCUCAUCAUCAAUGUCGCUGGUCGUGUAUUGAUGCUUCAGAGAGAUCGUACCAAAGCGCCCUCGCCCAACAACGAUUACCAUGAUCGAAGGAAAACCAAAGAUGCCGAGAUCCCUUUUGUAGCGCCCAUCAUUCUUGCCUCAUCUGUAGAAAGUAUGUGGACCACGUCCCGGUCUAGCGCCAGUAAACCUCAUCUCAUGGAAUCACUCUGGCUGGGGUGUGGAGCCGCAGGAAUGAAGGUGUGGUUACCUCUGUUUCCAGACCGAUCAGAGAAGUUACAUCAUAGCUUUCUGUCCAAACGUAUUAUGCUGCCAUUCAAGUUAAGAAUAUAUCCACUUGCUGUCUUAUUUGAGGAUGCAGUCGUCCUUGGGGCAGCCAAUGACUUGCUGUCAUUUGAACCCAUGACUCCUAGUAUAGAACGGACUCGUCGAUGCCCAAGCUUGCCAUUCACAACAUUAGAAAGAACUACACAAAUCUAUCUUCAUCAUUUAUUAAGGCAGUUGCUGAGAAGAAACCUUGGGAUGCACGCCCUUCAGAUAGCCCGUAGUUGUAUGUCUCUACCAUAUUUCUCUCAUGUCCUGGAACUCAUGCUCCAUGAAGUCUUAGAAGAAGAAGCGACUGCUUCAGAACCAAUACCAGAUGCCUUAUUACCAAGAGUAGUAGCCUUCAUCCAGGAGUUUCCUCAAUAUUUAGAGACAGUAGUUCAUUGUGCAAGGAAGACAGAGAUAGCGCUGUGGCCCUACCUCUUCGCUUCAGUUGGCAAUCCCCAAGACUUGUUUGAGGAAUGUUUGAAGACUGGUAACCUACAGACAGCAGCAUCGUAUCUCAUCAUUCUUCAAAACCUAGAGACUGUCAAAGCAAGCAGACAUCAUGCAACAAUGCUUCUAGAUGCAGCCCUAGAGCACAGUGAAUGGUCACUGUGUCGCGAUCUUCUCAGGUUCCUCCGUUCCAUCGGAUCAGGGGAUCUCGAUUCGCCCAGGCCCCCGCCCCCUCUUGCCAAUCACCACAUGUUUCCCCUGGGUGUGGGGAGGGGAACGCCAGCAGGCGUGACCAAGCCCAGGGGGAGACAUGCUAGCCAUAACACAAAGUCUGGUGGCUCUGUGGACAGGCAGACUGACCAGAAUACAACAGAGAAAAGGAAUUCUGUGCUUUCAAGGCAGAACAGUGUCCCCGACCCCAGCAUAGACGAGUACUACAUUGAUACCAUACUAGCAAGACACGCUAGGAAGCUGCUGGCAGCUUACAGAUUGAAAGAGUUAGGGAUCAUGACGGGCUACCUAGAUUUCAAACUUACAUCAUGGCUUGUUAGGGAAAGGAUGAGAGUAGCUCGUGUAGAAAGCUUUGUCGAUGCAUUGAAGAGACUACACUCUGAUUUCAAUUGGCCCCUUCCUGUCAUUGGAAACCCCUUGAGUUCAAAGAGCUUGCAAAGGACAUCCACUCCAACGGGUACCCUCAACGGGAUGCACCCCCAUACGGAGUCCCCGACCUCCCCUGUGGACCUUAUCCCCACCACCAAGUUUGCAGGUAUCGGCAGUAUACCCCCUAAGCCUGCCACGCCCACCCCCAUAGGAAACAGACCAAUCAACGGUAAUCACCCUGCUGGUGGGCUAACCCUCAAGUUCUCCAGGACUCAGAGCAUGCUGUCUGAAAGCACUGGCAGUGAUACGAGGACCGAGGAGGCUGUCCUUAAACACCCGUCGGCAAAAGGUUCUGAUGAAACCAGUGUUGGUACAACAGAAGCCUCAGAGGGAAGCCUCCUGGGAGAAGGAGACAACAAUCUUGAUGAUAGCUUCUGGUCAAACAACGUCACAGUAGAUGAACUAGAACAGUUCUUCAAGGAAGUCAUUUGGCAUGGACCAAAACAAUCAGAGAGAGAACUCAGGUAUCUUUUGAAGAUAGUAUUAGAAGCUAGCUGUCUGGAGUGGGGCCUCCUCAUCUCCAUCAUCCUCAGGGACAGAGCAGCGUUGAGUCAAGUGGUGAACAUAGCUAGCCUUGGGGAAAUCCCCAUGGAUGUCAUUGCUAGGAUGAGGGAAGGUCUUUCCUUCCUGGAGCUCUGGGCUGAUUCGGAAUGCCCUGGUUACAAGCCCCUCCUCAUGGCAAUGAAGCCCCAAGCCAGCGUCCUAGCUGAGGUAGUAGAGAGGGCACCAUCACCAACCCGGUCAAGGUCCUCAUCUGCCUCGGAACACUCCCUGAAUGAGUCCAAGAAGCACAGUUCAAGGGGAAGCAUGGGAGAACCUGAGCCAUGCGAUGACGAGGUCUUUGAAGAAGUGGAGGAAGAGGAAGAGAAGGAGGAGUCGGCGUGUGUUAUAUCAUGACCCAGGCAUGGAUGAAGGGAAUGGAAGUUGGGAGAUAAAGCCAUUCCAGAGACAGAUCCUCAGGAUGUGAAAAGCGAUGUAUUCAUCACAGGUUUGAAGAGAAUGCAUAUUCAGGGUAUGCACAAGCUUGUCAGAGGGACUUCCAUCAAGACUUGCACAGCUUAUUUUUCUGCAGGAAAAUAUGUGAAUGGGACUAAACCAAGAUUUUGAGGUUUUCUCCUGUAUUUCAUAAAUUUUUAAGAAAGUGAUGACUUUGAAGAGGCGUAUCUUCAAUGCCUAUUUUCAGGGAAAGACUCAAGCUUGCGGUAGUCAGGCGUUUGAACACGUCUUUCAGUGUUGGUGAAAGACAUCGUUCGCGGGGAUAGAGUGUUACAGGAUAAGAUGUGAGGUUUGACGGCAACAGUAACUCAUCUCGAAUCUCCAUUGUGUCUUUGACAAAAUUCUUAUAUCGGAGGAGAAAACUUGAAUUGCUACUGUGAAAGAAACGGCUCUUCAAUUGUCAGAUAGCUGUGUAGAUCUGUUUAAUCACAAUGGAGGAGAUAUGGAAACCACAACUCAGUGUAGGUUCAUAUCGAGUAUUACAAAGAUGGCUGUAUCAUGAUAAUGCAAAGGACCAAAUUUAUGCAGACAAUUAGGAGCAAACUUCCGUUUUCCAUUGUGUGAAAAUCAUAUUUGAUAUUGUGCUGUUGAGGACUGGUGGGUUAUUUAUUUGAAAUUACAUAUACUUAAAAUACUAUAGUGGCAUUAUUUUAUUCAUUGAAUGUAUUUCCACUUCCUGUAGAGAGUCAUCUUAUUUUUGGAUGUAUAUGACAAUGCUUUUCCUAGAAUUAAUUCAUUAUCAGUCUUACAAUUGCAUAAGAAACAGAUGUUUUGAAGAAUAGAGAAAAGUCAGAUACAUUAACCUGUUGGAGACUAAGUCCCGAUAUAUGCAGUCUGGAGUCUGUGGAAUGUGUUAUUGUGAAAUCAUUCAGUCUCCAAAAGGUUAAAGCAUUAGGAAUUAAAUCAUAAAAUCUCUUGAACUAUUACAUUUUAGGGCUGAAAUCACAUCGCUCUUUAGAAAAAUAUGAAUAGGAUCAAACAAAUACUCUUUUUCAGGGUUUGCUCCAAUUUCUCAUCAAUUUCAGAGAAUGUGAUAUCCUUAAGAGGCAAAUUUUCAAAAGAAAUUUGCUUUGCACAGAUUCAAUGUGAAAAUUCAAACAAUUAUGUUUAACCCCCUUCUAUAACUUCACUGUGAUGUGGUAGGUUUAUUGUUUAGAAGUGAGGCGUUGAACUUGCAAGGAGCACCUGGGUUCCGCAACACAAAGCUUAGCAAUUGAUUACAAAACAACUUUUAAACAGUUGAUUGCAUUGACCACAACCAGUGGUACAGUAAUUCAUUUAGUUUUGCACUACAGGGCUGAGGUAAAGAUUGUGUGAUUGCAGCUUGCCAGUAUUUUAAUUAUAAGUUUCCUAGCACUGUAGCACAAAAAUCUCAUCGAGUUCUUUACAAAAAUGACCAUAUUCGAUGUGAGUAGUUGAAAGGACAAUAAGUGGGAUGUUCUGGGUGUAGUAUUCUGUUUACCUUUAUUACCUAUGAUUUAGGAAUCUUCAUUUUGACCAUCCUGAACUCUUGUUUGGAUAUGAUAUUAUGAUUUUCCUAUUUUUAUCAAUAAUUUACUACACCCAGAUUCCUACAGGCAGUGCAGUGUCUUUCAUAUGUUUAAGCAGAUUAAUACAUAUUUUCAGUGAGAAACCGGCAGUCUGGUGUAGGCAAAUUUGUCCCGGGGGGGGGGGGGGAUGUGAAGCAGCAUAUUUUUGUAUGCCUUUAUACUCUCAAACUUGCCCUACCCUACCCUCCCUCUGCAAGUAGGUUGAUCAAUCUUCCCUCUUUCCUUGGAUAUCUAAUCAUACCAUAGAUGAUGUGUCUUAUCAGCUUUUCUCAUGAAACAUCACCAAAAAUUUGACCAAAUUAUUAUUGUUUAUAAUACUAUUUCUCGUCGGGAAUCCACCAAUUUGCAUCGUUAUUCAGGGUGACAAUAAAACAAUAGAGAGACUUUUUUGUGUAGAACAUCUCUCUAUCCUAUACAGGGUAUUCUAAUUCAUCAAGGGUAUUUGCAAAGGGUCUGUCUAUCUGCCUUUGUUUAUUGUCUUCAUUGUAGUUAAUGUUGUCUUCAUAUAUUGCCUGAAGCACCCAUUGUGGUUUAUUAGGAAUAACGUGCAAAUGAUGCCCUUAUUCUUGUAAUAUACAUGUAUGAGGAAUGUCCACCCAGAUGACCAAAUUCAUAUUGUCUUCAUGUUCAUUCAAGUGCAUUAGAUGUGGUUUUCUAAAUGGAGUUUGAACGUAAGAUGUAGUUUAAAAUCUGUCAGUUUUCAUUAUGGGUGGUAAUAGUCGGUUUGCAUUCUUUGUUUAUUUUCCUUAUUAUUAUGUAAUCGCUGUUCCUCAUGUAACUUGUAAAGGUUUCCAUGGCGAAGAAGAAGAGUGUUGUGAUUUCAUGGUUCACCAUGUAUUCUUUUGUGGACAUUGUUGGUCCUGAAAAGGACCACCCAGCCUGAAUGUUAGGUGGUUUGGGUGGUCCAUAUCAGGACCAACAUCUGCCCACGAAAGCAUACAACUACACUCUGCUGUUCCUCAUGCUUUGCAAAAAAAACUCAGUCGGUUGUCAUGGGCAAUUUCAUACCACUCGGGGGAGGGUUUCAUCAACACAUUUUGUCUGACGUCUGACAAGUUGUCACAUCUGACAACUUUCCUUGGUUUUGAUUGGCUGAGAGGCACUGUAACUGAUCAAUAAAACAAAACUUGUUGGGUAAAAUGUCCGACAAGUCUUUUCAUGAAACCCUUCCCUUCCCAGAUGUUUACAAUGUAACAGGUGUUGUCAGUCUUUUAGAAUGGACUCAAGUUUUACUAUCACCAGACCAUCUGGUAUGCUCUUUAAAUCAAGGACACUAUUCUGAGAUCCAUUUUAUCUUCAAGAUAUUGUAUUUUUUGUUUGAAAUGAAAUUGGUAUUCUGAGAUCACUUAUCUCUCGGAAAAAAAUACAUUGAAAAUUGGAUCUAAAAUGAAACCGUGCUUCAUUGCAAUUUCUGCCAAUCAAACGUGUUUGCAGUGUUAACAUGUAUUUGCCUUGCUCUAUCUGCAUACUUAAGUGCUUGAUCAAAGAACACCAACAGAAAAAAAUAUUACAAUUUAGAAAACUUGGGACUAUCUACAUAAAUUAUUGUCUGCACUUUGCGACCUCCCAUGAAAACUGUCAAUUAUUUUUCUGGCUUUAAUAUAAAAUAAAACGUUGUUUCACUUAGCAUUUCCAUUAUGGUUAAGCUUUCUGUUGUAUUUGGCUGCCGUAGGUAAAUCUUAGUUUUAGGAUGAAAAUUGCAGACAGAAAAAACAAUUUUACUGGCUUUGCAUGAAUCUACAAGCUGUCACAAAACAGAACAUGGGUUACACUCUUUCAACAUGUCCAACAUAAUAUAUUUUUACUGGUGAAGGUGAUAGGAUAAACUAUCACCCAGUUACUCUGGAUCUAGCUAUCAUUCUAAAGGGGAACCUGAAAGACACUGAUCAGAGCAUUUUCAUGAUUUGGAGGAAGUGAUAGUGUUUUGAUGGCUUAAACAUUUUAAUCACAAAUAAAUGAUUUUCAAAUUGUUAUCAUUUGCAAAUGCCAGAUUACACCUGGGCCUCUGGAGCUUAGAGAUUAGAUACAAUGAAUAUUUAGGAUUGAUUGUAUUUGUGAUACAAAUUGUAUUAUUGAUUGUAUGUUUUAUGUAAUAGGCCCCUGUACUUGUUUGUCAGUAUACAAAUAUGGACUGCGUAUGAGGAUGACUGUAAACCAUCAUUCCCGAGGUGUGUUCAUACCAGCCCUUCUAUCACCAGAGGCCUGGGCCGAGGGGUGUUAGACUGGCCGAUACGAAAAGCAUCGAGGGAGUGAUGAUUUCCAUUGUCGUCCGAAUACAGAGCAGUCCAUAUUUGCUUUAUAUACCUCAUCGUUAAUCACAUAACUCUAGACCCAAAGGUGUCAACUUUAAAACCACUAGUGUAACCCUAAUCUAAUUUGAUUUGCUAAAUAACUUUGUAAUUUAAAUGAGCUGCUAGCUUUGCUGCUUUCCUGGGCAAUUGAUCCACCAUAUCCAGUGUGCCGUUGGCUGCGCUUACAUGACCGAGGAGCAGCAGCACAGUAAAGCCCAGUCAUUUAGCUCUAGUCAGCUAGAUGUGCGUGUAGCAACACAACUUGUGGUCCUGCCCUCAGGGAUUACAAGUAGUAUCAGAGGGUUUGAUAGAAGAAAUAGGCAGAAAGUCAAACCCUGAGAUGAUUGAUGGGCGGAGUAGCACCAUGUCACAUGAUGCAACUUUGACCAAUCAGUGAUAACAAUCUUAGUAUGAGGUAUACAAUUGUCCUUAUAUCAGCAUUUGUCUACCCAUGUACUUACGUAUAUUUGGUACAACACUAAUUUUUUAGACGCUGGGUUUGAGUCUCCACAUUGUAUUUGUUUCUACUGCACCCAUUUCACACUUGCAAAAGUGUUCAAUAAUUUGAAUAACAUGUAAUUUAUGCAUGAACAGUAUUUAUAUUAACUGUAUUUAAAAUAUUGUAAGGUAUUAUUUGUUCAAUGUGAGCCAAGUCAUAUUUAGUACCUUAAAAGAUUGCAAUGUAUAUUUUUCAAUAGUUGGCAGUAUAGCAAAUAAUCUAUAAUUUAUACAUGUACAUUUAUGUAUAGAAAGGGAAUGGAUAGAAUUAUGUGCUUGUAAUUGAAAUCCACAGUAAAAUUAGAAAUAAUAAUGUAUUAGCGUUGUGUAUUGUAUUUUCUGUGUAAGCUUCAGUAUAUACUCAUCUGUCAUAUGGCAGUCCUCACAAAGGUGCUAAGUGUUUGUUAAAUAUAUAUCUCUCAUUGUUCCCCUCACAAAGUGGACAUUUAUAUAAUGUGUAUAAAGUAAUGAAGCAUUGGUUAUAUAUUUGUAAAUACAUUAGUGUAAAAAGUGUACAAAAAGGCAUACUAUGGACCAUGAUAAAAGAAUAAAAGAUUUUUACCUAACUUGCCA